GCGGUGUGGGUGCUGUCCCCGCGCAGCGUGAUCCGGCUGAUCAUGCAGUACCUGAAGGAGAACAGCCUGCACCGGGCGCUGGCCACCCUGCAGGAGGAAACCACCGUGUCGCUCAACACCGUGGACAGCAUCGAGAGCUUCGUGGCGGACAUCAAUAGCGGGCACUGGGACACGGUGCUGCAGGCCAUCCAGUCCCUCAAGCUGCCUGACAAAACCCUCAUUGACCUCUAUGAGCAGGUUGUCCUUGAAUUGAUAGAGCUUCGUGAGCUGGGUGCUGCCAGAUCCCUGCUGAGGCAAACUGACCCUAUGAUCAUGUUAAAACAAACUCAGCCAGAGAGAUAUAUUCACCUUGAAAACCUUCUGGCUAGGUCCUACUUUGAUCCCCGCGAGGCAUAUCCAGAUGGAAGCAGUAAAGAGAAACGAAGAGCUGCUAUUGCUCAAGCUUUGGCUGGAGAAGUCAGUGUUGUACCUCCUUCUCGCCUUAUGGCAUUGCUGGGGCAGGCACUGAAGUGGCAACAGCACCAGGGAUUGCUUCCUCCAGGUAUGACAAUUGAUUUAUUCAGAGGUAAAGCAGCCGUGAAAGAUGUAGAAGAGGAAAAGUUCCCCACACAGUUGAGCAGACAUAUUAAGUUUGGCCAGAAGUCGCAUGUGGAAUGUGCUCGGUUUUCUCCAGAUGGUCAGUAUCUAGUCACUGGCUCAGUGGACGGAUUCAUUGAAGUGUGGAAUUUCACUACUGGAAAAAUUAGGAAGGAUCUGAAGUACCAGGCACAAGAUAACUUUAUGAUGAUGGAUGAUGCAGUGCUUUGCAUGUGUUUCAGCAGAGACACAGAAAUGCUGGCAACUGGAGCUCAAGAUGGAAAGAUCAAGGUAUGGAAGAUUCAGAGUGGGCAGUGUCUGAGGAGAUUCGAGCGAGCACACAGUAAAGGUGUCACCUGCCUGAGUUUCUCCAAAGACAGUAGUCAGAUUCUAAGUGCUUCUUUUGAUCAGACUAUCAGGAUUCAUGGCUUAAAAUCUGGAAAAACCUUGAAGGAAUUCCGUGGUCAUUCUUCAUUUGUCAAUGAAGCUACUUUUACACAGGAUGGUCACUAUAUUAUCAGUGCGUCCUCUGAUGGCACAGUGAAGAUCUGGAACGUGAAGACAACAGAGUGCUCAAACACCUUCAAAUCUCUUGGCAGUACUGCAGGAACAGACAUCACUGUGAACAGCGUGAUUCUGCUGCCUAAAAAUCCAGAACACUUCGUUGUCUGUAACAGGUCAAACACAGUUGUCAUCAUGAAUAUGCAAGGACAAAUUGUAAGAAGCUUCAGCUCUGGUAAGAGAGAAGGUGGUGACUUUGUCUGCUGUGCCCUUUCCCCACGUGGAGAAUGGAUCUACUGUGUUGGUGAGGAUUUUGUGCUCUACUGUUUCAGCACAGUGACCGGCAAGCUGGAGAGAACUCUAACAGUUCAUGAAAAGGAUGUAAUUGGCAUUGCUCACCAUCCCCAUCAGAACUUGAUUGCUACCUAUAGCGAAGAUGGCCUCUUGAAACUGUGGAAACCCUAAUUUUUUGUUUUUAAUUAGCUUCAGAGUACACAUCUUAGUGACAAAGGUGGUAGCAGUCAUGCUUUUAUAACAUCCAAAUGUAUAAUUUUGUGUAACUUUUUUUAGUUCAAGUGCCCGGAAAGAACUGUUUUAAUACUUGGUAUAAACUAGUUGUACAUUGUAGGUUAGUAAAAUCCUUUCAUUAAUAUUGUACCUGACUAAAGCAGUUGAGUUUCUGUGGAAGUGAUUAUUCUGUCUCAUGAAGUCCACAUUUCCUUUGUGCUGUUUUAUAAAAGUAAAUGAAAGAGAACUAUA